CUGACACCUCUGAGCUUCAAUGACAGACCUGUGAGGGGCCUUCGAGGAGGACGCGAGGAUGCUUCUGCUCCUGUUGAUAAGACACGGCUUCCUGUUGGACGGGUCAGCGGUGGACACGUGACACGUGUACUUUAAGGGACUCGCACCGCUGACAGACGACCUCUGGGUUUCCCGUGUGGUCGCGCACAAAGCAGUUGAUUUCGUUAAAGGUUAAAGCCGAGAUUAAAUUUUACUUUACACAAAAAGCACGGGCCUCGGGUCUGGAGAGCGCGGAAAUGAAUUCACCCCUCUGAGCCUCCGCGCCGCGCCGCUCAGCACAACGAGCGCACCAGCGGGACAGUCCGGCGGCUCCGCUCGGACCUCAGGAGGCUCGAACACGGUCCCGAUGGAAAGAUAAUUAAAGUCUACUUGUUCCUCGCGUCGCAGUUUCCUCGGGGGGCCGGGACCAGUGGACCAGGCUACCAGCCAACCAGGGGCAAGACAGACGCCCGACUCGGCAGUAACGGGGGAGAUGGAGGAUUAGGAGAUAAUCCGGGAUGGUUCCGUGGUGCGGCCGCAGAACCGUUUGCAGCUGAACUCAGGCCUAUUUCUGAGCUGGUGUCGACGGAGCCAAAGCCCAGGGCGAGCGGGGGGAAACUAGGCCGCCUGACCGCACUCCAACGGGUUCGGCUUCUUCCAGCAACACAGCGGCGCAGUGUCCUCCUAAAUCCAUGGCUGUUUAAAUCAGACAGAUAUGCCAAACAACGAGGAAAAGUUGUCCAGCCUAAAAGGACUGGUCACACACUCCCACGGCAAGCGCCGCUUCAAAGGCGACCUCACGCUGGACAUGAUAAGCCCGCCUCUGGGGGACUUCCGCCACACCAUGCACGUGGGCCGCGGCGGCGAUGUGUUCGGGGACACCUCGUUCCUCAGCAACCACGGCGGCCCCGCCAACGGGAACAACGGGGAAACGGAUUCUAUCUCCUCCCCGGACAACAAGAUCGGGGCGUUCUUUUCCAGGACCCUCCGUCACAUCAGGAGGGGCUCCGACAACCGGCCCACGGGAGGAUCCAAGGAUUUGUCACCGCCACCUCCCGUCGUUUCUCCCAUCAUCAAAAACGCCAUCUCCCUCCCCAGGCUGGACGUGGAUGUGCCUAAUGGGAGUCCCACCGCCAAGGUCCUCUUCCCCAGUUCUCAAAGCACGCCGGAGGAGAUGAAAAGCUCUUAUGGUCUGGAGUCCGGUUUCGUCACUUUGCCUCGUCUCUCCCGCUCCGAGCGUCAGCAGCCUUCCAUCUCCCUCCCCACCUCCUGCUCCCCGAACAUCCACCGCGGCUCUCUGACCGACCCUACCGACGCCAUCUUAUCUACCUGCCCUACAACCGUAAUGCCCUUUGACCCCAAACUCACCUCCACGGCCUACUCUGACUCCCUUCCCUCCCUCAUGUCCCUGGACACCUUCACCUUUGACCUCGGCCCCUCCCUCAUGAGCGAGGUGUUCGGCCUGAUCGACGGCCACCCGGAGGAGAGCGGCCACGCCUGGGAGGGAGAGGAGGCGGGGUCGGCGUUCGGGUUGACCACCGAGGGGUCGGAGAUGGACUCGGCCACCAUCUCGUACGUGGAUUCCCUGCAGAGGGAGGACUGCGGAGGCAGGAAGAGCCCUCACGGGCCCGAAUGGGAGGAAGAGGAGGUGAACGGAGUCGGGCUUUCUGAUAAAGUGCCGGAGGUGGCCUCCUUGGGGUCUCCUGAUAGAGGGAGGUUGGGGUUAGGGAUGGAGAGCGAGCGAUUUCAGAGUGCUGCAGAUGUGCUCGCGCGCCACUAUGGCGUCGGCCACUCAAAGGGACGGAGCAGGAUGGAGGUCACAGAUUCGGAGGCGAUGACCAUCAGCGAGCCCAGGAACAAAAUACCCUACAGUUACAUGGACGACGAGGAUGAAAUCAAAGUCUGAGUGGAGAUAUUUUUAUACUACAAAACAUCUCUUGACGUGUGUAGUAUUUUCUCUGCAAAUCCAAUCAAGUCAAUCAAGUAAGAUCUCACUGUGGUCAACAAGGCUGGCUCUUUUGACAGGACGACCAUGAAAACUACCAUCCGGUGUGAUUUGCAUUGGAUUGUUUAAUUAAUACAAUCACGCUUCGAGGAGAUGCAGUUUGGACGCAGGGAAUGAAAGACUCAAUGUUUCCCACUUCCCAGCCCUGCACAGACCGGGAGAAUGCUUUUGAAAAGGUCCAAACUUAAAAAGGACUGAAACAAACGAGGAGGCACGGAAAGUGAGGAUGUGCCAAAGAACGUAGAUGUACAGAUCGUCACAAAGGGACAAGGGACACAAUGUGGAAGUUACAAAGCCUGUCACUCAAUUUAUACUUUUCUUGCUUCCUCACUUAGGAGGGGAAAAGAUUGUCAGCUACCAAUGAGGAAGGAAGUGAGGAGCAGUAACAUAGAUGAAAUCCUGUUAUAACAUUUAGGCCUCCUUACAAUCUCCUGUUAACUCCUUUCACUCAGGAAUACACUACAAGGAAACAAAAAGGGAAGGGAAACCAAAGAUACGGAAUCUCAGGCCGCAUUACCACCAAACAUCUCCGUUAAUAAACUACAUAUGACAAGUAAUAUUGGUAUUGGCACAGUAGCAACCAAAGCUUAACCCUUUAAUUGUUGAUUGUAUCCCGCAGACCUUCUAUUUAGAGACUCCGUGCACCUUUUAUGAUUAAGAAGUCUGAAUCCUGUAUUUUGUUUUUGCAAAAUUGUCAUUUAUAUGUUCUUUUAUACAUCUGUAGCUAAAGAUAUUUACUGACCUCCUAUAAAUAUGUACUUACAAUAUGAGCACAUGCAGUACGUAGUGCAAUUCACAUCCAUCCAUACGCCGCAGUCAGUACCAAAUAUAUGUUAUGAUGACAUGAAUUGACAAUAAAGAUCUUUUUAAUUAG